AUGCCUCCAGCUCAUCGCGGUCCUACGGGUUCGCCCAUGGAUCGUUGGACCGACGCGUCGCCCACGGCCAUCUCGAGCGGCUUCCGAACCGCCAUGUCGCUCGGCCCACAACCUCGUUUGAACUUUGACGUGCCCACUUCCAAUCUGUCACAGAGCAUGACUCCCAAUAACUUCAACACGGACGAUGACGAAGAGGACGAUGACGACGACGAUGCAGAUACCGCCUCUCCAGCAAAUACCACGGGCAAGAAGGCCAACGGAAAAGGCGCAAAGGGCAAGAAGAACGGUGCGGGGGGCGCUGCUGCCGCCAAGGGCAAAGAUGCAAGGGCAGCUCAACAUCGAAAGGAGCAGAACCGAGCAGCACAGCGCGAGUUCCGACAGCGCAAGCAGCAAUACAUUCGUGCGCUCGAAGCCAGGGUCGAGCUUCUCUCGUCAGAUCACGACACCCAAGUUAACCGUCUUCGCUUCGCCUUGCGUCACCUGCUCGCGGAGAACAACACGCUUCGUGGUAUGGUCGGCAGUCUGGCGCAUUUUAUCGGGAAAAGGAGCAUUGGCGGAUGUCUGGCAGAAGCCGGCAUGUCCAGAGAGAUGCUUGAGACUACAAUGAACUCUUCCAGCGAAAAACUCAUGUCGGAAGCAUGGGCCAAUUGGCCAGGAGCAGGCGAGUGCGAAGCGCUCAAACAGAUACGCAAGGAGAGCAACAUCCCUGCCGAAGGUCUGCCCGAAAGUAAGCUCGCCAGCUACUUUCGAGAAUCGAACAGCAGCAAAGCAGGCCAGGAAAUUGCAGCAGCAGGUCCAGAAGCUCCGGCCAGCGACAAGAAGAAGAGGCCCACUGACGACGCUGCCUCCAAAACUUCGAAGCGCAAACGCAAGACCGCUGACGAGACUGUCAUGACUGCUUCGGCACCUGGCUCAACCACCACCGGCACCUCGCCUGACGCGAGCAGUCCUUCCACUCGUGCCAAUGCAGCUGUAGCCCACUCACCGUUUGCUCCUUCGGCGCAGACCUCAAGUAGCGGGGGAUUGGAUCUGAACUGGCAGCAGCAACAGCAGCACUUACAACAACAACAGCAAGUGCAGCAACAGCAGGCUUCAUACGCCCUGCCAACCCAGUUCUGGCAGCCGUCUCCGGCGGGACUGGGACGACAGUAUGGCAACGACGUCGACUCAACCUUUGCACAGACGCUGCUGGGAGGUGGCAAUGCGGAUCUGUCCACCCUUGCUGCGCUCUUCCCUUCAGAAGCAGCUAUGAACCAGAGCCUCUUUUCGCCAUCAGACGCACCACCUUUUAACGGACUCGGUGCCGGAAGCAGCCGCGGCGACACUGGUGGCGGUCUGUCAGAUUCCAACGCUGCCUCGAAUUACAAUUUUCUAGCUCCCAUCAACUUUGGACCGCCGACAUCCGCCAUCGGUCAAGGUGUGGCUGGCUCUGUCGCAGGCUCAACAAUGGCUGUACGGGAUAGCCAGCAUGGAUCCACGGUCCUGAUGCCAUCGACAGCAACGGGUGGAGUGGAAACUUUGCUCCUGCCCAGCGGUGCUCCCUCGCCGCCGGAGCACGUGCAGGCAUUGCGCCGUCGUUCUGCACGUGUCAUUGCCCAGGUGAAUCGCAUCUGGGCCAAACGAGGCGCCACCCACUUUCUCGACCUAUCCAAAGGCCAUCAGCUGGACGACGACGACGUACGAUACAUCGAGCAACAAGAAGUCUGCAAUCCUCACAUCAAGCUCGCAUUCGUGCGUCUACCCAAUGGUUGGGACGAGGGCGAUCUGGAUAGGCAACGCGAGGUUUCUGGCAGUCCCAAGACUGCCAGCCCCUACGAUACGGAAAGCAAAGCAGACAACUUUGUACGCCUCUCAUACCACGUGUACAACCACCGGCUCAACCCCAACUACACACUACCGUCCAUCCUCAAGCCGACGCCGCUGCAGCUGUCGACGCCGCACGAUCAGGCGAUUGAUGCGCUGCCCUGGCCCGCCAUCCGCGACAAGCUCAUACAGAUGCCCAACCUCGAGACGCACAGCGUCAUCAUCGACCUCGUCCGGUUCCUAUCGCCGCGCGAUGGCGAUGUUCAUUCCGAGAAGAAUUGGGUGUUGACGCUGCCGUUCUUCGUCAGGUAUCCGCAGCUGGCAGACGCAACCAUUCUCGCCAACACGAAUGCACAGAGAAAGGCGACGGGCGAGCCAGAGGUGACUAUGGACGAAGUGUGGGAGCAGCACCGCAGCUUUCAGGAGUAUACGCAGGCCAAGCUCAAGGAAAUUUGA